UGGAUAUUGAGGAAGGAUCCACUGCUCUGCUGCUGCUGCUGCUGCUGCUGCUGCCGCCUCUGCUGCUUGUUGUGUAUAUGUAUAUGUGUGCGUCUGUGUGGGUGUGUGUGCGUGUGUGUGUGCGUGGAAGCCUGAUGAAAUGAAAUGCCAGGAUUGGGCUACCUCCAGGGAGAGCCUCUCCAUCCUAUAAUGUGAGCCAGCCAGCAGCACUGUGGGAUCAGGGAGAAGCUGCAUCUAUCAAGCGACGGGCCUCCGGAGGACCAGGCGUGAUCCAACGGGAGGGGAGAUUUUUAAAAAAAAAAUUAUUCUUCUCUGCUGUGGAGAGAAGCAAUUGUCGUCAUCCCCCCAUCCAUCCUUUUUUUUUCUCUGUGGUGCCCCCUCCUUCCUCCUCCGCCUCCACUCUCAUUUUUUCCCCCUCAUUCUUCUAGAGGCGCUCGUUGGAAUAUCAAACCUCCAUGUAUGACAAUUUGUACCUGCAUGGAUUUGAAGACUCGGAGGCGGGCUCAGCUGAUUCAUAUACUAGCAGACCAUCAGACUCAGAUGUCUCUCUGGAGGAGGAGCGGGAGGUGCAGGCCCAGGUCCAGAGCCAGAGCCCAAGCCAGAGCCAAGGACCGGGACAGAGCCGCCAGGAGAGGGAGCAGCAGGCCACCAUUCAACUGGAAAGAGCCAAGACUAAACCUGUGGCAUUUGCUGUAAGGACCAAUGUCAGCUAUUGUGGCGCACUGGAUGAGGAUGUUCCAGUACCAGCCACAGCCAUCUCCUUUGACGCCAAGGAUUUCCUUCACAUAAAAGAGAAGUUCAACAAUGACUGGUGGAUCGGUCGGUUAGUGAAAGAGGGCUGUGAGAUCGGCUUCAUCCCCAGCCCUCUGAAGCUCGAGAACAUCCGGCUCCAGCAGGAGCAAAAGAGAGGACGAGUCCAAGGUAAGUCUGGAGGGAACUCUUCUUCCAGUGUAGAGGAUGAGGUAUCUGCCUCUAUCCGACCUCUCAUAUCCUCGGCAGGAAAGCAGAAACAGAAAGUGACGGAGCACAUCCCCCCGUAUGACGUGGUUCCCUCCAUGAGGCCUGUAGUGCUGGUGGGACCCUCGCUUAAGGGUUAUGAGGUAACCGACAUGAUGCAAAAAGCAUUGUUUGACUUCCUCAAGCACAGAUUUGAUGGCAGGAUAUCGAUCACACGAGUCACAGCAGAUAUAUCAUUAGCCAAGAGGUCUGUUCUCAAUAACCCCAGUAAGAGGGCCAUCAUUGAAAGAUCCAACACUCGCUCCAGCUUAGCUGAGGUGCAAAGUGAGAUUGAGAGGAUCUUUGAGUUGGCCCGCUCCCUGCAGCUGGUGGUGCUAGACGCUGACACCAUCAACCACCCAGCCCAGCUCCUCAAGACCUCCCUGGCCCCCAUCAUCGUUCAUGUUAAAGUCUCCUCACCAAAGGUUCUGCAGAGGCUUGUCAAAUCCAGAGGGAAGUCCCAGAGCAAACACCUGAAUGUGCAGCUUGUGGCAGCUGACAAACUGGCCCAGUGUCCUCCAGAAAUGUUUGACAUCAUCCUGGACGAGAACCAGCUGGAGGACGCCUGUGAGCAUCUCGCCGAAUACCUCGAGGCCUACUGGAAAGCGACCCAUACCUCGAUGGCGACGCCCCUAAACCCCCUGCUGGGACGCAACCUGGGCCCCACCACCCUCACCCCCUACCCCACCACCAUCUCUGGACUGCAGCAGAGCCAAAGAAUGCGACAGAGCAACCACACGGGAGACCAUUCCACCCCGAACGAGCGACGUAACCUGAUGACAUCGGACGAAAAUUACCACAACGAGCGGGCGCACAAGGGACGCAAUCGCAUGUCUUCUGGCUCACAGCAUAGCCGAGAGCAGCAGGACCCCUACCAGGACUACCAGGACCCCUAUCAGGAUGCAUACAAGCCACAUCGCAAUCGCAGUUCACCGGGCAGCUACAGCCAUGACUCCCGGCACCGGCUCUGAGCCAAGUUCUAUCAUCACCAGGGCCCAAACGGCCCAGAUUCCACCUGAAAUAAACGCUGCAACAGAGCCAAGAUGGUCCCAAAUUGUACCUUUUUGUUUUGGUUCGCGUUCAUUUGUUUUGUCUACCUGGCUAUUUUUCUCUUUAAAAGUCCAACAAAAUCAUGUUCAGGUGUUUGUUUUUAACCAAGCUGCCAGGGCAAACCCCGUCAAUCAACAGCGCGAGUAGUCACAAGGUUCAGGAUGCCAACAUUAACUAAUGCUGUAAAAUGAAUUCCUUAAAUUUCUCUUCCUGGGACCUUUUGGGAUUGUACUAACACGAUGCUUAGCAGACGUGCAAAGCAGACUGUGCUUGUUGCCUGUGUCAGCAAGCUAAUUAUGGAUAGUGGUCAGAUGGUGAUGGUGUAUGGGCUUCUACGUGCCUGGGACAUCGCACCAGGUCAGAGGGAAGUCCACUGCACACAGACUGCUGAAGGCUGCUGCCCCCUACCCUGGGCCAUGUAUAAAUCCUCUCACCAUUUAGCUUAUUGCAUGCUGAUAGACGACCAACCUCCGCAUCCACUUCACUGAUAUUUUGUACCUAGCAUUCUGGAUUCUCCAGCGAAGAGGUGUAGAUACGGAGGUCCAAUUUUCUAAAUCACCUGAUUGUGUGGAUAAGACGGUAGGUGGUGGGUUUGCGUGGGGGUGUGCAGAUGAUAUCUGGCUGCUAGUUUCGAAAACUGGUGCUUCACAUUCCCAAACUAUUUUGCUAUUUGAAAGUCACUUUGAGCAAGGCCAGCUUUUCUGUAGCAUAGCUUUAGGAUUUCAUUUGGGUGAAGACCCUCACCGUCAUAAGCGGAGCAGAUUCUGAUGGUGCUGGGAUCAGAUCUCAGUUACACUGUAGGAGAAGGCAAUACUGCUUCUGUUCUUAACAGCGAGCACUUAGAGAGGUAGAGAAGGCAAUAGCUGUGACAGUUUGUCUAGUAUAGUGAAAUACAAUAGCAAAAUAUGACUUGAGAUGCCGUUUGAUGUUGCUAAGAUGUGGACCAGCAUAGAAACCAAUGCUAUGAGAACCUUUCAAGCAGUUUGGGAUGUUCUCGCUGAUAUUUUUGACCCUGCUAGCGCGAGGAAUCAGAUUUGGGUACGGUGUGAUCGACCUAAAAGAGCAUCUGCUGCUGAAACUACAGGUUGCAUUAAUUAGCAUCAUAAUACAAGUUGUAUAGCAUUAAAACAAAAGUACAGAUGUUGGUUAAGUCUUGCGAUUGGUUCACGGCCAUCAAAUUUUCCUUCCUGUGGUUUUAGGUGAUCAAAGCAUUAAAAAUGUGACAUGGCAGGAUCGGUUGCAUCAUGUUCAUUCUCUGUGUAGCUGGCAUGUUGUCCUGACUGCAGAGCAUGUUCCCUCCAAACGUAAAAUAGAACCCUACUGUAAUCAAGUUGAUGUUUGUAGAAGUAUAGGGCACCUUUCUCCGAAAAAAAAAAGACAAAAAAGAAAAAAGUAAAAGAUGGCCCAAAUUACAGAUGAAUGAUUUCUCUGGAUCCCUGGGGGUUUUUAACUCAAUACACUGAAAUGGCUAACGGAAAACUUUAAGUUAUGGUUUAUGUCAUUCUGAAAGUUUUAAGGAGUUUCAGUGGAUUGCAUGACUCAAAGGUGGAGCCACUAUAACGAUAACAGCUUCUGUUAAUUCUGAAUUAUGUUAUAAGUGCACUCAAACAACAACAGUAAAAAAAAAAAAAAAAAAACCCAGCCCUCACAAAAAGGUUCAGUGGAGAUCAUAAGUUUACCUAACCCACAUGGUGCUUGUAUGGAAAGAGAUAGCUGCUGUGGUCGAUAAUGUUUAUAAGGCUUGUUAUCAUUAUCAUAAUAUACUGUACAUAUCUUAUUUUUUAAGAUGAUUUUGACUUAAUUCUCUCAUCUUCAGAUAACAAACAGUUCUAGCCAGACAUUUUUUAGCCUGAAAACAAAACAGGCUUUAAAUUAAUAAUGCAUUAGGGUAAAUAUAGAACAUUAAAUUGAAAAGAACACUUUUUUUGUUCAGCGAACUCAGUCUACAUAGUCUAGCCACAAAUUCAUUCCUCUCAUCUUUGACAGAAAGAGGCAUCCGAAGAAAGUAAGAACCAUUUGUUAUCUUGAAAUACUGAGAUAGUUAAGUUUAUCUCUAUGAACAGGUAUCUGCAUAUAAGUCUUUAUACGAGGGACCAAGACUUAGAGUCUGAGUAGUAUUGACCAAUGACAUUUGAGCGGGCUUUGGUUGCAUGCAGGUAAACAGUCCGUGUCCAGAGCUAAGGAAGGGGACGCCUUGGGUGGUCUUGGUCUCGGAAACCAGCGGCUAUCGUGCCAAUCGGACUGCAGAGGAAGUCUUUGCCUGGAUAUCCGUUAUUCAUUUUCUGGCAAUCCAAAGGCCCGAAAGGUUGGCAGUGGCCCCCAGAGGCUAAAUCGUCACACAAUAGCCAAUGGGUUCUGAGAUUGGUUAAGUUGUUAUCUUGAUGUGAUACAAAUAUAGUAAUUAGGAAAAACCACAAGAAGAGUAAUGAGACUUUUUGGCUGCUCGUAGCCUCCGUAGAUUUUGACGGUGAGCUCUUUCUGGAAUGACUAGGAAACAGACUGAAGUGUGUGAUCUGAUUCAUGUGUUCUCUGGCAGUGUGUCUUUGUUUUGUCUUCGCUACAGUUCAGAAAGUGUUUGUUUACUUUCCUUGGACUACAACAAUCCUUUGUUAUGCCACAAAAUGUCACAAUCAAGAUUCAAAUAAUGUUAUUUUAUUUACCUGUAUGGAGGACCAAACCUGACAUAAAUGAACUGAUAAAAGAUUAAUAAUUCAAUUAAUAAUGAGAUAAAUAAUUCAAAGUAAUUGGACAAAUAAAUUAUAUUUUAUAAGUAGAAAAAUGUAUCUAUAAAAUGCUAAAUGUCUCCAUAAGACGAACCAAAAACACACUGCCAGGGAAAAAUAUCUUUUUCCUGAUUUGCUCUCUGAUAUCAGAUAUGUACAGUAUAAUCACAUAUUUGUCAGAGAAGUUUUCUUUAGCAUGUUUAGACAAAUGUUGAAGCUGCUUUUGACACUUUGACCCCUUCCUUCCUUUCAGACAAAAACGAUGUACAGUAGUGACCGCUGUAGCACCAGAUUAGCUUGGUGCUAAACAGUGAAUGUACCAGAAAAUAAAUACAGGCUCAAUAGAGGAUCCAUUCCCUUAAAUAGAACGAAUAUAAUACAUUUUUUGUCUUAAGAUCUAUAAAGAGUGCUAUCUAAAUAGUUAAGAUUUGAAUACCAAAAUUAUUAAUCAAAAACUGCUUUGAAAAGAAAAUAAGUUAGGAGCUGCUGCUUUUUUUAAUUCAGUCAUAAAUAAGUAGAAACUUGUGCCCGGUAUGUUAAAGUACGCAUUAUGGGUUGCAGCACUGUUGGCAUUAUCUGUAUCUGUUCAACCAACUCAAUGAUCUGUAGCUGUACUUGGAAGGGGGCGGGGCUUAAACGAACGUGGGCGGGCCAGCCUGGAAGAUGUUCAUUUACGUAAAAACUAUAGACUUCAGUUUCUAAAGAAACAGGUCAGCAGGAACGUCUUAAAAGUGCUUCAUCUCUUACCGCCACGCUCUCUAUCAAAUGCUUUAUUUGAAUCUUAAAGAAGUCGACAUCAGCUCUGCCCUACAUAGGAGAUAUUUGACUGUCCAGAAGAAUUUUACAGCCUGACACAGUUUCAAAAUAUCUUUAAGCGACCUAAUUUGCAAGACCUUAUUAAAGCAACUUUCAAAGGAGAGCAUGGUUGAAACGCCACACGCCUCCUCCUUUUUAUACCCCGACAACAACCUAAAGCCUGACCUGAAAGCAGCUCUUAAUUUAUUAAAUACAAAACAAUGGAAGGUGUUUCUAUUAAUAGACACUUUGUAUAGAUCUGGAUGAAAGGGGAAACUCAUUUUGAGAAACUUGUAUAGCACAAAAGAAAAAGCAACUGUUCCUACAAUGUGAAUCUAGUACUCGGGUACAGAUUAUUAGAUGUUUUUGCCCACAUUCCCCAUUAAUCUCUUUGUUGUACACUGUUUAUGGACUGAAACAAGACUGCAAAUGAAAAAAAGAAGUGUUAAAGUGUGUAAUGCUACUGUUUACAGGCACGCUUAUCUGUCUCAUUCUGCCCCAUAGCAUUAAUCCCAUUGGUUGAUUGAACAGGGAGCCAUGUUCCAUUAAAAAUCAAACCAACUAAUGUUGAGCUGGGCUGCUUGAGACAAUCAGAAGGGAUUUCCAGACCAGUGUUCCACCCUCCCUCUCUUUGGGAACGCCCUAAAAUGAUGAGAGGUUUGCCAUUUUGAGUCGUGGAAUUAGAUCCGAACAAAGCGACGCCACACUCGCUCACACACCUCAAAAUAACUGUCCGUCCUGGCUCUCUCUUACUUUUGUCUGACCUUUACCCGCGGCCAAACUUUUGUCUCAAAAUGAAGCUCAUGACUAAUUUUAUUUUUCACUGAUUAAAUCUCAAGGUGACCACAAAAUUCUGAACUUCUAGGGAGGGCUUUCUUUGGUAAAAUGUAAAACAAAAGAGGAAAAAAAAGAAGCAAAAGAACAAAUAUUUAUUCCAGUAGAGAAGUCAUAGAUUAAUAUUUGCUGGCGAUUAUUUUUAUAACAAAUAAAUGUACAUAAUGUCUUUGAGAGAUGCUAUUUGCUGUAUACAUGUGCUGAAAUGAGACAACGACCCAUGUGGGACACUUGGAACAACAGCAAGGUCCAGUAUACAAAGUUUCAGUAAUGUGCAAUACAAAACGGCAUGCUGUUUUAAAAUGAGGAACUUCAUGUACUGUACUAUGCAACCGCAAACUGUGUACAUCGCUUUCAUGCUGUGGCUUCUCCAACCACCCUUUUCCAAGCAGCUUCAUCUGGACUUUUAAGGGAUUUUUGUGUUUCUCUCUUUUUUUUUUCUGUGGAAGAUGAAAACCUAAGCGGUUAAUGCGGUAUUGCAUGCAUAAUAUACCAUUCUAAUUUAUAAAAAGGAAUUAAAGAAAAAUACAUGAAAUUGGAGGUGAUUGUGUUUAAGGCAAAGCUACAAGUGACUUAAAACAUUUCUUUUUCAAAAUAAAAGAGUCGUUCUAAA